UCCCACCACUUCACUUCAUAUAAUACUUCUAUAAUCACCAACUUCAUACAUUCAUAUAAUCCGCCGCCACCGUAAAAUGGCCACGUCAGCAUCGCAAACUCUCCGAACAGCUCCAUUUCUCAAAACGCCGUCGUUGUCGCUGUCUUCCAGCCAGUCACUCAGCUCGGCUUUCUCCGUAGCUCUCCGUCCGAGCCGGCGAUUCUCGAAGCCCUUGGUGGUGAUCGUUAAGGCUUCUGGCUCUUUGGACGCGAAGCCGACGGUUUUGGUGGCGGAGAAGCUCGGCGAGGCUGGGCUGAAGCUUCUCAAAGAGUUUGCUAACGUGGAUUGCUCUUACAAUCUCAGUCCCGAAGAGCUCUGCACCAAGAUCUCGCUCUGCGAUGCGAUUAUCGUUCGGAGCGGAACGAAGGUUAGCCGCGAGGUGUUUGAAUCGUCCGCUGGGAGGCUCAAGGUGGUUGGAAGAGCCGGCGUCGGGAUUGACAAUGUGGAUCUGGCGGCGGCCACCGAGCACGGUUGCUUGGUAGUCAACGCGCCCACGGCUAACACCGUCGCCGCCGCCGAGCACGGUAUUGCUCUCUUGGCUGCCAUGGCUAGGAACGUUGCUCAAGCCGAUGCUUCUGUGAAAGCUGGAAAAUGGCAGAGGAAUAAAUAUGUAGGUGUUUCCCUUGUGGGGAAAACACUUGCAGUGAUGGGGUUCGGAAAGGUUGGAUCAGAAGUUGCCAGGCGUGCCAAGGGGCUUGGAAUGCAUGUGAUUUCACACGAUCCAUACGCCCCGGCAGAUCGUGCCCGUGCAAUAGGUGUGGAGCUUGUGAGUUUCGAUCAAGCUAUAACAACUGCAGAUUUCAUCUCUCUACACAUGCCUCUUACACCUACUACAUCAAAGAUCCUCAAUGACGAUACUUUUGCAAAGAUGAAGAAAGGAGUUCGAAUUGUCAAUGUUGCUCGUGGAGGAGUAAUCGAUGAAGAUGCACUAGUGAGGGCACUAGAUGCUGGAAUUGUUGCUCAGGCUGCACUUGAUGUUUUCACAAAGGAGCCACCGCCAGCAGACAAUAAGUUGGUUCUGCACGAGAAUGUUACUGCAACUCCUCAUCUUGGUGCCAGUACAAUGGAAGCUCAGGAAGGGGUGGCCAUUGAAAUAGCUGAAGCUGUUGUGGGAGCCCUUAGAGGGGAGCUUGCUGCUACUGCAGUCAAUGCACCAAUGGUUCCUGCAGAGGUGUUAUCGGAGCUGAAGCCAUAUGUUGUACUUGCUGAGAAGCUGGGGAGACUUGCUGUGCAAUUAGUAGCAGGAGGAAGUGGUGUGAAAACCGUUAAAGUGACAUAUGCUUCUGCUAGAGCUCCUGAUGAUCUUGACACCAGGCUCCUUCGUGCCAUGAUCACCAAGGGUAUCAUUGAGCCCAUAUCUAGUGUGUUUGUGAAUUUGGUUAAUGCUGAUUUUACUGCCAAGCAGAGAGGUCUGAGGAUAUCAGAGGAGAGAAUUGUUCUAGAUGGUUCACCGGAGAGCCCACUUGAUUUCGUCCAAGUCCAGAUUGCAAAUGUGGAAUCCAAAUUCGCCUCCGCAAUAUCAGAUUCUGGGGAGAUUAAGGUCGAGGGACGGGUGAAGGAUGGGAUUCCCCAUCUGACAAGGGUAGGAUCUUUCGAAGUUGAUGUCAGCUUGGAAGGUAAUAUUUUACUCUGCAGACAGGUCGAUCAGCCAGGUAUGAUUGGAACAGUUGGGAGCAUUUUGGGUGAGGAGAAUGUGAAUGUCAGCUUUAUGAGCGUGGGAAGGAUUGCCCCUAGAAAGCAUGCUGUAAUGGCAAUUGGUGUUGAUGACCAACCAAGCAAGCAAGCUUUGAAGAAGAUUGGUGAAGUUUCAGCCAUUGAAGAGUUUGUUUUUCUCAAGUUGUAGUGUGGAUCACAAUUACUACAUCUUUCUUUUUCCUUUUUGGAUGCGUGGUAUUAGUCAUAACCACAUCCUAGUUCGAUUUUGAUAGUUUCUUUGAGUGUUGUAGCUUGAUGGAAAGGAAGAACAAUAAAUUAGCUUUGCGAUGAAAGGUUUGUACUGCAUUGAGUUGCCAAGUUGCCAAAUUCAAUUUUCUGUUUUAAUCUGCCUAGUUGUAAACGUAUUGCUUAAUGGAUGCAUGUUUGGUUC